AAAUGAAAUAGCACUGACAUAGUUUGUGAGGACCAAAUGGAUAAAUUGUUUUCUUCUGCUUCAGAACCAUGAAUAUGUUAUCAGUAGUCAUUGUACUUGCUGCUGUAGUAACUUUGGGCUCAGCUCGUGUAUACAACAGCAACACCUUGCCAUCAACUCGGAGAUCAUUAGGAUUGAGGGAAUCUAGACUUAACGGAGAUUGGAACAAUGAGCAUCGUAACAGUGGAUUAAAUGACGGACAAUUGACCGGAAGAUGGAACGACGGACAAUUGAGUGGAAGAUUAAAUGACGGACAUUUGAACAGAAGAGUGAAUGACGGACAUUUGAACAGAAGAGUGAAUGACGGACAUUUGACCGGAAGAUUUAUUGACGGACAAUUGAGCGGAAGAUGGAAUGAUGGACAAUUGAACGGAAGAUUGAAUAGGGGACAUCAGAGUGGAGGUUUAGAUAGUGGAAAAAGACUAUACAGAUCUAGAAGAUCAGCUGUUUACAGGCCUCGUAAUUCAUACAGAGGAAACAGAGGAAGUAUCCAUAAUAAUUUUGACAGUGGACGACUUAAUAGAUUGGGUGGCAAUUCAAGAUGGAGAUCGAACACAAGAUAUACACGAUGGUAAUAUUGAAGUUGAGAUGUUCUAAGGAGACAGCAAAAUAUUGUGUGUACAUGAAGUGGGAUAUUCCGUAG